GUCAUCAACAAUAGACGUUUGCUGCCUUGCACAUUUUGACUUCCGAUUGCUGCUGGCUAGCUAAAUAUGAUAAAUACACGCAAGGUCUUUCCAAGUGAAGAAGCUGGAGAAUUAAGAUCAUUUGAGACUUUAUCGUGCAAUAUUUUGGACCUGGCCCAGCCUUUGUGAGGAGCAGAGGAGUCUGAGUCCAGGCUGAAGAUGGUCUGAUGGACCGCCGCUUUUUGCUGACCUUCCUCUUCUGCUCAGUCUCGUGGAUUUUCUUCUGGGAAGUGUGCUGGAAGAAAGGCAAAGAAAGUCAGAUCGAAGAAUGGAUUCAAGGCCACAGUCUCUCCGAAUACAAACACUUACUUGAAGAUGUGGAGACUCUGGAGGAGCUGAGCCUGAGUGUUCUGACUCGUCUGGAGGAUGUGGUGAGAGAGAAGCGGCGCUGGAGGGACAUUGCAGAGGCUCACAUCCAGCUGCUGCGAGACUUUGCCUUCCAGGAGUGGCUUUGCUCUCAAAGCCUUGAGCACUACUAUCAUACACUGAAGACCUUGGGUUGUAUGACUCUGGAUGAUCUAGCCCAGUUUGACAGCCAGUUGCAGCUCUCUCUGGCUGCGUGGGGAUACUACUACGAAGACUACAUCAAGCUGUCCACGGGCGUCAAGGUUCUCCAGGCCUCUAGGGGGAGCCGCGACCAAGACUACGAGAUCCAACUGGUGCACAACCUUGCUGAGAGGCGGCUGAAUGAGAAGUGGUCUAUCGCGGGAGCUCUUAUAUUUGGCUGUACUGUGGCACUUUGCUUUCUGAUAAGGGACCUCAUGUUUUACGUGAUUGGUGGAAUUACUGUUUCCAUCAUAGCGUUUGUCUUUACCAUCAAGUUCCUAUGUGAGCUCGCUGCACGGGUGGUUAGCUUCCUGCAGAAUGAUGACACUGGGAGGAGGGGCGACCGCAGCAUCUACGACUAUGUACGGGGGAACUACCUGGACCCGCGCUCCUGCAAUGUGUCAUGGGAUUGGAAGGACCCACAGGAAGUGGGCCAAACUAUGAGCUUCCGUGUUCAGCUCUUCUAUAAGAACGGCCAGCCCUUCCCUGCCCACCGGCCCGUGGGGUUAAGGGUCAACAUCACCCACAUAGAGCUGGCCCUAGACAUCCCCGUCACCCAGGAGGUUCUGCAGGAGCCAGAGUCCAACGUGGUCAAAGUGACCUUCACUGUCCGAAAGGCCGGACGCUAUGAGGUGGCCGUCAAACUGGGAGGACUCAACGUGGCCUACAGCCCCUACUACAAGAUAUUCCAGCCAGGGACAGUGGUCCCAUCUAAAACGAAGAUAGCCUACCACUUCUCCACGCUGGUCUUAGUAUAUGGCCAGCAGCAUACCCUGCAGAUUGAGCCCCGGGACGAAUAUGGCAACCCCACCAGUAACUCCACCUCACUCAUAGACGAGGUUAACUACAGUGUCCACGUCCACUCGUUGGGCACAGUGGAUGACGACAGCCUGGAGGAGUACUACAGUAAGUCAGUGACGUCCAACAAGCAGCUGUGCCAGGUACUGCUGAAGCUCACCCUUAGGAAGAAGGGCUGUUUCCGGGCACGCAUCUCCUAUAACGACCUGCCCAUCAGCAACGGGGAGUUUGACAUCAUCGUUCUCAGUGAGAAUGAGAAGAACUGUGUGGAGAAGAACGUGUCAACUCCAGGGAUCAGCAUCUACUUUGAGGCGUACCUCUACGGCACAGGGAACUACAGUAACUACAGUAACUCUUCGUGGCAGCUCCCAGCCUCGGCUCUGAUGGCCCCUCAGAGUCGGCCCUCCAUGGGGGACGAGGAGGACGAGCAUGACUCCCCUGUAGAAGACCAGCCAGAGAAGGUCAAGAAACCCAAAAAGGUCUACUGCUACAUAUCCCCAAAGCAACUGUCCGUGAAGGAGUUUUACCUGAAAAUUAUUCCAUGGCGCCUUUUUACCUUUCGAGUGUGUCCAGGGACAAAGUUCACAUACUACGGCCCUGACCCCGUUCACAAGUACCUGACUCUAGUGGUGGAUGAUGGGAUCCAGCCGCCAGUGGAGCUGAGCUGUAAAGACAGAAACAUCAUGGCUGCCACCUUCAUCCGUUUCCUGCACAAGAAUAUCGGCGGCUCGGAGACGUUCCAGGACAAGGUGAGCUUCUUCCAGAGGGAGCUCAGACACAUCCACUCCAAGAGACCUCGCACCAAGACCUGCCUGAAGAUCACACGCCACUGCAUCCUGGACUCGUCUCUGAAAUCCACCCGCAACUUCUCCGUGUCGGACUGGAGUAAGAACUUUGAGGUGGUGUUCCAGGAUGAGGAAGCUCUGGACUGGGGAGGGCCGCGAAGGGAGUGGUUUGAGCUCGUCUGUAAGACCCUGUUUGACACCACCAAUCAGCUGUUCACUCGCUUCAGUGACGACAACCAGGGCCUGGUCCACCCCAACGCAGAGCGGCCGGCCCACCUGCGUCUGAAGAUGUAUGAGUUUGCCGGCCGCGUGGUGGGGAAGUGCCUGUACGAGUCAGCCCUGGGCGGGGCCUACAAGCAGAUGGUCCGCGCUCGCUUCACCCGCUCCUUCCUAGCCCAGAUCAUUGGACUCAGGAUGAACUACAAGUACUUUGAGACAGAUGAUCAGGAGUUCUACAAAAUGAAAGUCUGUGUCAUCCUAAACAAUGAUGUCAGUGAAAUGGACCUGGUGUUUGCCGAAGAGAAGUACAGCAAGUCAGGACAGCUGGAGAAGGUGGUGGAGCUGAUAUCUGGAGGAGCUCAGAUUGCUGUCAACAAUGAGAACAAGAUGCAUUAUCUGAACCUGCUGGCCCAGUACAGGCUCGCCAGUCAGGUGCGAGACGAGGUGGAGCACUUUCUCAAAGGUUUGAAUGAACUUGUUCCAGAGAACCUUUUGGCCAUAUUUGAUGAGAAUGAGCUGGAGCUGUUGUUGUGUGGUACAGGGGACAUCGAUGUCCAGGACUUCAAGGCCCAUGCUGUGGUCGUAGGAGGGUCUUGGCACUUCAGAGAGAAGGUGAUGAAGUGGUUCUGGGCCGUGGUGUCCAGCUUCACCCAGGAGGAGUUGGCUCGCCUGCUGCAGUUCACCACCGGCUCCUCCCAGCUGCCCCCCGGGGGCUUCAGCACCCUCUGCCCCUCCUUCCAGAUCAUCGCUGCUCCCACACACAGCACCCUGCCCACCGCACACACCUGUUUUAACCAGCUGUGCCUCCCCACCUAUGACUCCUAUGAGGAGCUGCACAAGAUGCUGAAGCUCGCCAUCAGUGAGGGCAGUGAGGGCUUCGGCAUGCUCUGAUUGGCCUUAUCCCUGGUGCUCACCCCCAGACUCUGUUCACACUGUAGUCCUGCUCAUACAGCAGGGGGGGGGGUACUGACAACACCUGCGCCAACCAGGCCCCUGUUACCCUCUCCAUCAGCUUUGGACAAUGGACAACUCUCCUCGACUCACACAGACUACCCAUGAUCCUCUUUCAGUGGUAGAGGGCAUUACAGGAAGCCCACAGGAUGUCCCAGAAAGCUCUGGGAAGUCCUCAUAUGUCUACUGGCACUAUGUAUAUGCUGUACAACGCUUGCUUUUCUAAUGAAGAAAGAUGAACUGGUGUCAACAAGGCUUGGUAGUUUUCUUCUAGAUGCAAGAGUUACUUAGUUUUAUAUGUUUGAGACAGAACGUAGCACUAGUUUAUGAGCCUCGUGAGCUUGAUGUUAUUUUGCUUUUUGUAAUUUUGUUUUGGGGAAAAAACGAGGAACAUUUAAAUGCAAAUGCAGCCUAUACAAAGUUUGGAGAAGCUGCGCAGUCCAUAGCACUUUGGCCUUAACUGAUCAGGGAAGGAUAUACACUAUAUACAUAUAUAUAUAUGACUCUUUUACUUCAAUAUGUGUACAUACAUGUAAAUAGGUUUUCAUGUUAUGGCAACAGUUCAGAUCUUUUCUUUUUUUUUUUUCAAAGAGAAGGGACAAGAGGUACUUGAUAUUUAUAUAUUUGAGGUCACACUUUUUUGUUGUUGGGAGUUUCAUAUUUUACAGUUGAAGCCCAGCUGAUUCAUUUAUGUUUUGCUAUUAAUUAAAGGGAUACUUCAGGGUUGUGGCAAUGAGGACCUUCCCCAGAGUCAGAUGAACUUGUGGAUAAAAUGUUUAUAUCUCUGUGUCCAGUAUGAAGGAAGUUAGAGGUAGUUUCACGAUCCAUUGCUAACUAGCGUUAGCGCAAUGACUAGAAGUUGAUAGGUGUGGCUCGUGAAACUACCUCUAACUUCCUUCAAGUAAAUAAAGUGUUAGGGCCUCAUUGCCAAAAUCCCAAAGUAUCCCUUUAACGUUUCACAUCAGCAAUUGACUUCACUGUACAAAGACAUGGGGUUUCAAAGGAACAAACAAAGUAUUUGCCCAUGUCACUGUCUGUUUUAUGGACUGACUUAGGGAUUUGUGUUGUUUUCACCCAUACUGUUGAUGGCUUUUUGUUGACGAGGUUAUUCGUCUUGAUCCGUAACAGUUUUUUUUUUUUUUUUAAACCUGCCUUAUUCAAACCCUUUGCCUCUGACUUUAUCUGGAGAAGUGUAUAGUUAAACGAAGCCUAGACUAGUAAAAGUAUAACAACAGAGAUAUUACUAUAACAUGACUUUCUGUUGACUUUGCCGGGGAGAUUUGAGAUGUGAAUAUCAAUUGGAUGUUAACCUUGAGUUCCUGUCUCUUCAAAUGUUAUCUUGAUAUCUGUCAUUUCUUGUGCUCUUGACUGGGUUUACCUCUGGAUCUCCAAUUUCAUCUAUGCAUCCACUCGCUGUAUGUGUGUCUGUGUCCGUCCGAGUGCUUGUGUGAUUUUAGCUGCCUCCCUUCUGACUGUACUACCCAUAGACUGCUGUCUUUGACCUGAGCAAGGAUACUGAGACAGGAUACACAAGGUGAAUAUUUCUUACCUGUGUUUUCAGUGUAUUAUUGACUUAUUUCUACAUAUUUACGCAGUUUUCCAAUGCUCAUGUACGUAUAAUACUGUUAAGUCAAACCAUGUGUCUACGGGAAGGUGUGAAAUAUUGGUUUAUGUUCUGAACUGCGUGUAUUCAUCUUCUAUGGUCGUUUAAUCUCUGCAGCGAACAUUUGUACAUUUGACAAUAUGCAGUGUAUUACAGUGGGCAGCUAACCACAUGUACAGGCUAUUUAGGAAAGCAUCAUGUAGAAUGCAGCAUAAAGCACAGUAGCCUAAAGCAGACACACACACACAUUUUUAAGCAAUACUAUUGUAUUCUUUGAAGUGUUAAAAGAUCAUAUUCACUUGAAUCAUUAGCCUCACAACGCACCACAAAUGCAAACCCCCAUGGCAGGUUAAGUUGUUGUUGUUCAACCCUCUUCACAUUUUAUCAAUGUGAAUCAACCACUAAGAGAUUUACCACUUAAACGUCACCUCACUCUUGUUGAACAGGAUACACACUUCUCACAGUCUAACAGAAUAAUUCAACAUUAUUGGGAUCUUCUUUAGGGGGCUGUUUGUGUUAUUGGUGCUAUCCUUAUGGAGGCACAAGUCAAACUGUUGACAGAAGUAGAAAUGCAUUGUACUAUAGGAGACAAGAUCUGAAAUAUUCUUAUACAAACCAUGUGCAUUUACAGAAGUGUAAAUAGUUGAAUACAGUUUAGAUAAGGACAUGAUAUGAAGAUGUGUAAAGAAACGGCUGUUGUGAUUUAAAGUUAGUUUCUAUAAUGUUUUACAUUCAUAAGCAGGUCCUGCUUUCAGUGUUCAAGGUUCCAGUUCGACUGAUUUGGAAAGCUCAGUGGUUAUUGGGGUUUGGUAUUGGAUUUUUAUCUAUGUAAAUAUUGUUAAUUAGUUGCUUAUGGCUUGGAGGGGAGAUUUUUUUAGUGUAAAAUAAAAUGGCCAAACUGUUGGUCAUCACUGAUGAAUGUCAGAGUUCCUGCUCUGCAGUCCCUUUUUGUUUAAUGCGAUUAAAAAGUUAUUAUUA